UGCGGAUUUACAGUCAGUGAGCAGAAAAGAAGGCUGAGAGCGGAUAUGCUGCUGGGAUUGUGGCUGUAGUGACAGCGUGCGGAUGUACAGAUCUUGGAUUCCGCCGUCCAAGCCUGCAGUGAGCAAGCGGCGGCUCCGAUUUAUUAUCCAGCAGGAAAUUUCAGUGAGCGGCGGUGCAGAGAACACAUUAUUCCGUAGGAGAGACAACAUCUGUACGUGCGUAACGAGGACUCUCUGCUGAGAGCGAUCUGAGAGCCCCCUGGAGUCUCUUACUUUCAUGGACUCAGAAAGUCAUGGAAACCACUCCCCCCGAGUGGUUAUAGUUGGUGCUGGCUUUGCAGGACUCGGUGCUGCCAGCACCUUGGUGAAGCAUGGCAUAAAAAACCUGGUUGUUCUAGAAGCUUUAGACCGCGCAGGCGGGAGAGUUUUGACCCAUAAACCUUUCGGGACAGCAGCACUGGAACUAGGGGCCACGUGGAUCCACGGUCAGAAGGAAAAUCCACUUUAUCAAAUAGCCAAGGAGAAUCGGUUGCUGGCAGAUGAUGGCUUCAACAUGGUGACCUGCCAGCCAACAUCGGUUACCCCUCAGGAUUACUUUUUCACAGAAGAAGGAAAGCUGCUGCCAUCACCCCAGGUUGAGAAAGUCACUUGUUUUUUUGGUGACCUGAUGUCCAAGAUUAUGCAGCAGGACUAUAAACCUGAAUGUGAGUCGUGGUCGGUUGGGAAGUAUCUAGAUCAUGAAUAUGCCUUAUCAAGUGUUUCCAGAGCCGAGAGCUCAGAUGGAGUUUAUGAAUGGUGUAAGAGAGCCGAAUGUAUUGAUGAGGCUUGUAACUCCAUGUAUGAAUUCUCUUUAAGCCAGCUUGGCUUCUACACUGCAUUAGAAGGACCUUUUUUCAACUCUUUGAGCAGCAAAGGCUACCAAGCCUUGCUGGAUCUUUUAAUAGGCCAAUUACCACCUAAUAGCCUACGCUGCCAUAAACCAGUUCGAUGCAUCCAAUGGGAAGGAUCUCCAUCACCAGCUGCCAGAACAGCUAAGUAUCCUGUCAAGGUUCUUUGUGAAGAUGGUGAGGAGUUUCCAGCAGAUCAUGUGAUUGUCACAGUGUCCCUCGGCUGCUUGAAGGAAAGGGCAUCCACCUUUUUUGACCCAUCUUUACCAAAAGGCAAACUGGAAGCCAUUGAGCGUAUGGGAUUUGGCACAGUAGCCAAGAUUUUCCUAGAGUUCUCUGAACCUUUUUGGCCAGAAGAUUGUGCAGGAAUACAGUUUGUUUGGAGGCAGGGUCCUGAAAGCUCCGAGGGAUAUUCCGAAUCACUUCAAAAACAUUCCUGGCGAUCACAGUGGUACGAAAAGAUUGUGGGGUUUGACCGUGUCCCUAUGCACAGGAGCACACUGUGCGGCUGGAUCACUGGACUGGCUGCGGAGCACAUGGAGACCUUACCUGAAAAGGAGGUGGGGGAUGUAUGUACCAGGUUAUUGAAGAAAUUUACUGGCUGGCCAGUGCCAGAGCUGCAGGGGGUGCUGAGGUCCACCUGGCACAGUAAUCCUUAUGUCCGGGGCUCCUAUACCAAUGUGCCCAUUGGAGUGGAUGCCGUGAAGGAGCAGACAGCACUGGCAGAGCCGCUUCCAUCCACCUACCACAAAAAGGGGCUGCGGCCUCUACAGGUACUCUUUGCAGGAGAAGCCACGCACCCAAACUUCUACACAACUACCCAUGGUGCCUACAUGACCGGGGUGCGGGAAGCCGAUCGGCUUUUACAGCUGUAUGAGUUCAAGGCCAACCCCCGUCUGUAAUUCACCCUGCAACCAAGAUAUCUCCGAGAAGACCACACCGUGUUCCUCCAGAUGUGCCUCAAAGGGAACCUGUGACUUCAACCUAUUCUUUCAUUGAUUUGUAUUAAAGAUGCAAUUUUAACCAUUUA